GCAUUGUUUACAUCGUUCCAAAGGACCGUAUCACAGCCAACCAAGCAAGUCAUUCUCGAGUCGUCUCGAGAGCAGGUGCCGGUAUUUUUUACAACUUGCUGAUCGACCGAUCCGAGCCAGUGUUUGCGCGCUGGCGUUGCUUUUCUAAUCAUCUGAACGUGUGUGUGUGUGUUACUGUUGCGAUAGUAUACGAUGGCCAGCCGUACCGUGACCGUGCUAACCGUGCACGGACGCCGUCAGACGGUAAAGGUAGAGCCAAACAUGACGAUUCUCGAGAUACUGGAAACUGUCUGCCGGAAGUAUAACUUCCCGCACGAUGAGUACGACCUGCUGCACCACAACAAGGUGCUCGAUCUGUCGACCAUGUUCCGGUUUGCCGGCAUCCCGAACAACGCCCUGCUCGAGAUGGCCAAGGCGAAGCAAGCGCGCACAGAAGACGAUGUGAUUGUGCAGCUGCAGCUGGAGGAUGGUUCUCGUAGCGAGAAUGGAACGUUUAAACCCUCGCAAUCGUUGCUGGAUGUGCUGGUGGCGCUCUGUCCGGUGCGUGCCGUCGCCGAAGCUCAUCCCGUGCUGGUGUACAUGCGGCGCGAGGUUUACUGGGAGCAGCUGGGGACGACUACACUAAAAAGUCUCGGUCUAACGCGUGGUAGGGCCGCGCUGCGGUUGCUGCAGCGCCGUGCGGAAGAACCAAAAGUGCAGGCCAACGUUUCGGCCCCGUUGCCGCAAGCGGUACGCCGGGAGGAACCGGCCAAACCAGCCGCUACUGUGCCUUUAAGCGAAACCGUUCCUGUUGCCGCAUCGACCGUUCCGGACGAGGAACCGCAGGCACCACCACCACCUCCGACGCACCUUGUCGAAAAAGAAUCGAAAGUCAUUGUUGCGGAGGCGGAAGAAUCGUCGACGAGCGUUGCAGAACCAUUGCCCGAUACAACAGCAAGCGAGCAGCGCCCGGUCGAUGCGCCCCGACCGGAAGCGCUUAUUACGAUACUGGGCGAACGGGAGGCAAUCCUUUACCAUGCGUCGACUGCGGAACGCUACCAAACGGAUGUGGCGGAUUCGUUCUUUGAGCUAACCGUACCGGAAAUGAUGCAGCUGUACAAACAGCUGCAGGACCGGGUGAAAGCGUUCGAAGAUGCGCCGCUGCUGACGGGCGAGUUGCGCGAGCUGGAACGCAAUCAGCAGCUGCUGAGUAACAUGAACCGGUACCGGCAGGCGGUCAUACGGGUACAGUUUCCCGACCGUCACGUACUACAGGGUGUGUUCCAGGUGCAUGAAACCGUGGGGCAUGUGGUAGAGUUUGUUCGCGGGUUUCUGGCCGAUGCAAAGCAAUCCUUCUAUCUGUAUACAACCCCACCAAAGGUAGUGUUAGACCAGCCAACCGUUUCCCUGAUCGAUGCCGGAUGUUUCCCACAGGUCUUACUACACUUCAGCCUUGACUCGCCCACGCCCAGCGACAGUACGAUCGAUCCGGCCGGAUUCUGCCUCAAACCGGAACUGCUCGGCCGAUUAUCGAACGCAACCGGUGCAGCAGUACUGGCUGGCCGUGCAAAGCGCAACGUAGCGAGCACUAGCAGCGACAGCAGGCAGGAAAGCACCUCCGCUAGCCACCCGAUCGAGCUGGUCAGCUCCUCCCAGGACACGGCCGCCGCCGGUCCCUCGAAUCGCAUCCCGAACCGUAACUUCCGACAAUCCUCAUCCACCCCAACCCAGUCGACGAACGAGCGUGAAGCGAAAAUACUGAAGUUUUUGAAGAAAUAGGCACCUGUGGUCGUUGUUCGCCGAAGGAAGGAAGAAAAAACGAAAGCAAUCCCUUAGCUUAUCAUGCAUGGCACAAUCACGGGUUUUGUCGGAAUUACUACGUUCGUAAAUUUCUUUCCAGGUUCUUUUGAUCCUUUUUAGUAGCUUCCCUCAUUCAUUCCCGUCCUUGGUGCAUUGCACAGAACACACACACACACAUUCAUGGGGAAGGAUAAACCGAAUUUCCAAAUUAUGCUGGGUGGUAAAUAAAAUUUGCAAGUGAA